UCCUAUAGGAAAUUGACCAAAUUGGUGUCUUCAACGAAAUAGUCUUAUCGGUUGUUGAGAGGACUUUCAUGUCUCCCUUAUUCUCUUCGGUUGACUUGCUUUUACCUCCAGGGUCCCCCGAUGAAGAACUAUCGCAUUUAGUUACCCAUUCGGAAACUACAAAAGCAGAUUCGCCCCGAAAGAGAAGCCAAAAACGACACAAGUCCAGCAAGGCCUUGCCAGAAUCAGGUCCCAAUUCAGGCCCCACUACAGUUACUUUAGAAGAAAAAGAAAGCAAAGAUGAAGCUUCCACGUUUUUUUCCGAAGAACAAGCUUCCUUACACGCCGAAUCGCAAGCGCGGUAUUUUAGUGAGUCCAACGUAGUAUGUUCCAACUGCGGUUUGGCAGGACACUUUUCCGUUUUUUGUCCGGAAGAAGUAGUUGGAAGAAGAUGCUUUCUUUGCGGUGGAGAAGGUCAUUUAGCAAGAAACUGUUCGGAGGAAUUAUGUCACAACUGUUUGCGACCUGGACAUAAACGAAAGAACUGUACGCUUCCUCGAAGGGAUUGGAGACGCGAAGAAAAGCAUGCUUAUCCUAAAUAUGAAGACCUUAAAAAUGUGAAGAAGUUAAAGUGCUAUAUUUGUGGAAAGACAGGUCACCUCGAUUGCAGCUUUGAAAAGAUGAAAUUUUGCAAAAGUAUCAGCUGUUACAACUGUGGUCAAAGCGGGCAUAGUGGUGGUUCAUGUCGCAGACCUAGAGCCGACGAAUAUUUGUCUAUAUCUAAUAGACUUGUAAGAACAUAUUCUAGGCCUAAUAGGAAGAAGAGGCCAUAUGACAUGAAAGAAGACGCAAUUGUCUUCACAGAACAAGUUGAAAGAGCAUUAAAGGAACGACAUUUUAUUAGAAGGAUGUCUACACCUUCUUCUUUUGAGUCAAUUCAUCGUGAAAGUAAUAAACUGGCCAAACAAAGACGAUUGAGCAAUAUACAUAGUUGAAGAUAAAUUUCUUUGUGGACAGUUGGGGUUUUUUCCUUCGUUUUGCGGUAUAUAUUUUCCUCUAUGACUCUAGAUACAUUGGUCUCUUUUACGAAAUAGACAACAAGUUGAGCUGAUUAGGGAGUGAUGAAGUGGAGCUUAUAAUGAGCGUAAUUCCAUUUGUUUUUGUUUUAUCAUUUGAGAUUUUUUUUCAACAACACGAAUAAAAUAAAUAUGGACGAA